GUAGUGUGUUUAAUCAUAAAUAUGUUUUAUCUAUGAGACUAAUAGUGCUUAAACUGCUUAAUAUACGAAAUCCGUAUCUGCAUUUAAAUUGAUUAAUACUUGCUAGUUUCAUUAAAAAUAUAUCAUUCCGUAAAAAAAAUACAAAAGGUUAUUUAUAAACUAUUUAAAUUAGUGAUUGAACAAUUGAAUAUACCUUCAAUACCAAUUUCAUAAGAUUAUUGAAAAGAAAAUGGGUGUGUUUAGAAAAUUUGUUUCGCAUGCAUUUAACAAUGGAAAAAUUGGUAUGAAGAGCAGCGGAAAAUCUUCGCCGUUUCGUUCUCUGCUAUCAUGCGCUCCGGUAGCGAUGGUAGGCUUCGAGCGUAGCGCUCAUUCCCAGGACAUCACGAAGAACAUUCAAUACAUCAGCAACGAGAAAGUCAAACUAACAACGGAUCCGAAAACAAUGAAACUGGACCAGCAAAGAGACAGGCCUCUCUGCAUAAUGAUCAACUGGCUGCUGGCCCGACAGAAGCACGUUAUGAAAUACGCGACGUUGUACUUGGAGCAGGGGUUCGACGUGCUCUCGGUGUCGUGCACUCCGUGGCAGCUAAUGUGGCCCAUGAAGGGAUCGCAGCUAGUUGCCGGUGACGUUCUCAAAUUCAUGGCUUCGAACGAGAAUGAGCAGCCCCUCGUGGUGCACGGGUUCUCGAUUGCUGGAUACAUGUGGGGAGAAGUUUACGUGCACGUCAUGAAUAAUAGGAAGAUGUACCAACCGGUAAUGGACCGCAUCGCGGCGCAGGUGUGGGACUCUGCCGCGGACAUCAGCGAGAUCACGAUCGGUGUGCCGGCCGCCGUCUUCCCGAAGAACCAGAUCAUGCAGAAUACUCUGCGGGCGUAUAUGGAAUACCACAUGAAGACGUUCUAUACGAGCGCGACGUCGCACUACAUCCGCUCGUCCCAGCUGUUCCACUCGCCGCCGUGCGCCGCGCCCGCGCUGUUCCUGCUCUCCCGCAGCGACCCCGUCGGCGCCGAGCCCAGCAACCGCAGCGUGCACGACUCCUGGUGCAGCAUGGGGAUUAAGUGCACGUGGAAGUGCUGGGAUAAGUCUCCCCACGUGCAGCAUUACACUCACCACCCGAAGGAGUACCUCACCGCCCUGUACGCGCAUCUCGACGCCAGUGGACUUAUCUCACAGCCUGAAAAAAUUCAACGAAGGAUUGCUCUCUAGCCCUCUACACAUUUAAUAAUUAGUUCUUACACGUUUUCCGAUGUUCUUUUUUUGUUUUUUUUUUUUUAUAUUUCGUUACGAUUUUAGGAAUUCGUAGUUCCUAUGGCGAGCGGUGGCGAAUGAAUGAAAUUUGAAUGAACGAAUGAAUGACAUUUGUGUGAUUUGGCGGGAAAAUUUAAAAUUCGAAAAAUCUAGUAUGUCGUUACUAGAAAAUUAAAAUUUAUACAUACUCAGAAACGUAUCCUGUUAAAAUUAAUGAUUCGCAAAAUACUGUACUCUUUAAUUUAAGUAUCAAAAUAUUCGGUCGUGUCUUUUUUUAACCCUUGUAGUGCUGAACUUGUUUUGCAGAAAUUGCUAAAAUAUUUUUUAAAAAAACCUACCUUAUAAUAUGUAGUUAUUUAUAAAAGUUAGUAACUUAUUAAUAAACGUUAUGCAUGCGCGUGCUAAGUCACGUCCGUAUAGGUCGAUACCUAUAAUCAAUCUGCAGAAUAGUCGGUAUUCCGACGGUCCGCACUUUAUACGCAUUAAUAGAGAGUCGAUAUAUCGACGGUUCGCGCUCUAAGGGUUAAAUAGCAGUCAUGAUGUUAGCUUUAGGUGAUUUUAGUGAUAUUUAAUCUUUUUACUAUUUACUACCUUUAGUUAUGCAAUUGCCGUUAUCACGUGCGCUUUUGUGUCUGACGUAUUUGACAAGGGCCUGGAAUGUAGAAAUGAAAAAUGCCUAUGAAACAAUGUCAAUUUUAUAUUGAACUAGCGACCCGCCCUCGCUUUGCUACGGAAACAUUAAAUUUUAUUAUUAAUAGCAGAGUCCCGCGAUGUUACCCGCGGUUAUUUUCGUACCGUGGGAGACGCCGCGGGGCGACGCUAGUCUAAAAAAUAGCCUAAGCUACUUAUAUCAUCAGCUACCUAUCGGUGAAAGUCUCGUCAAAAUUGGUCCAGCCGUUCCAGAGAUUAUCGAGAACAAACAAACAGACAGACAGACA